AUGCUUCGUCAAAAGUUGGUGGGAAACUUUCCCUUCACGACCAUUGACCCUCAACGAGCGAUCGGCUACCUACAAAUCGACUGCGCAUGCGCAAGACACGGCGUCUCCGACCGAUGUAAACCCAACUAUGGAUCGUGUGUGGGCGGACGCCGGUCCGUACCCAUAGAACUUUUAGAUGUGGCUGGACUCGUACCCGGCGCACAUGAGGGCAAGGGGUUGGGCAACAAGUUCCUUGACGACCUGCGCCAUGCGGAUGCGCUCAUUCAUGUCGUCGACGCAUCGGGAACCACAGAUGCGGAAGGGAAAGUAACACGGGGGUACGACCCUUCAGUUGACAUCGCCUGGCUGAGGUCCGAGAUAGUGGCUUGGAUCAAGGGCAACCUGUGGGAGCGCUGGGGAUCCAUCAAGCGGCGGCAUGUGGCCGUCAAGGCGACGGCGGUCGAGACGCUGCAGGCGCAAUUCUCCGGAUACGGAUCGACAAGCAGACUGGUGGCGCGCACACUGGACAAACUGGCCCUCAAGGAGCCACUAGAGCAUUGGAGCGAGGAGACGGUCGACCGCGUGGUCAACGCCUUUACAGAUGAGAAGUUCCCGACGGUGAUUGCGCUCAACAAGAUCGACCACCCAGACGCCGACAAGAACAUCGCCAAGAUCGCCAAGAUGCAAGACCCGAAUAGCAUCGUCCUGUGCUCCGCCAUCUCAGAGAUCUUCCUGCGAAAACUCGCAAAACAAGGGUAUAUACGGUAUACAGAGGGCAGCGAGUUUGUGGACACGAGGGAAGACCUAAUAGCAGAUGGUGAUCCUGACGGCGGCGGGCUGAAAGAGCUGGAUGAUAAGAACAAGACAAGGAUAGAGAACCUCAAGGAUAUGGUGCUGUACCGGUUUGGCUCUACAGGUGUCGUGCAAGUCUUGUCAAAGGCUGCCGACAUCCUCGGUCUGGUCCCUGUGUUUCCUGUGAGGAACACGUCAACGUUUACUUCAGGCCAAGCAGACUCCAAGGUUGUAUUCAGGGAUUGCGUGCUUGUCAAGAAGAAUAGCACAGUUGCAGACGUUGCGAAGAAGGUUAUGGGAGAUGCGCCAAUAGCAUAUAUAGAAGGAGUUGGCGGUAUGAGAGUCGCAGAGGAUGACCCGGUCGGAGUGGGCAAGAACGAUAUUUUGUCCUUUAAGGUUGGAAGAGCCUGA